CGUUAGCUUACGAAAUAGUAUUGACGAAGGCAGAAGGUUUCGACAUUUUGAAUCACUUUAUUAGUUAGCCAAUAUCCUUCAACAUUGAGCAAAUGUAUGGUUGAUCAGAGGACAGACGACCACCACGUUGGCACACCACAUCCUUGCUCCCGUUCCUGGGACUAAACACGGUUCAAAGUAUUUCUGUGCAGGUCCGAGUGCACCCAUGCAGAACCACAUGAAAUGAAUAAAGCAGCACAGUCUUUAACGCGACCCCACCCUGCCCCCUCCCCCGGACUCCAGCUACCCACCUUCCCUCCUGGACAGCCCCCCUCUGUUGUCUUUGCCACCCCACCUCCACAAAUGAACCCAGCGCCACAGCCCCGACAGUUCGCCCCCGUGCCCCGUGCUUUACACCAACAGGGAGGAUUCAGGUCACUGCAGGCGUACUACAGCCGUCCCAGUCUGCCCAGCAAUGCCUCCCGGGUGCCCCCCGGCAACACGCCGAGGCCCGUGGCGUCCACACACGUCUACCAGCCGGGCCAACAGAUGAUGAUGAUCCCCUCACAGCAGAUCCCCUUCCCCAACCAACAAGGCCCCGCCUACUUCAUACCCGGACAGUACCGGUCAACGUACGUGGCCACCCCCCAGCAGUACCCGGUCCCGCCGGGCACCCCAGGCUUCUACCCAGGCACCAGCCCAGCUGAAUAUGGUACUUAUGCAGGGGCAUACUACCCAGCCCAACAGCAGUACACGCCCUCUGUGCCGGCUGCUCCGGUUAUCAUGAACCCUCCCCCCCAGCAGCAGCAACUACCUCCACAGCAACAGAUCCAGCCCAAAAGGGAGCGCAAACAGGUACAGAUCAUAAUACGAGACCCUAACCAGGGUGGUAAAGACAUCACUGAGGAGAUUAUGUCAAGGGGCACUCGCAGUGGCACCACCCCCACACCCCCACAGAUGAGCGACGACUCUUCAGAGUCAUCUGGAUCAGAGGGCCCAGCCGUUGCCCAGGCCAACGGUGAAAACGUGACACCUGUCGUGGUCAGACCAGAUGACAGAGGGAAACCUGCAGCCACACUCAUCACUGGCCCCCCAGCCCUGUCUAAAACCUCUGAACUGGUCAAGACUGCCCCUGCCCCUACAGAGGUCAAACUCCCAGACACGGACUGUAAAUCCCCUUCCUUACCCCAGGACCUACCCACACCCCCGCGGGUAACUACCACCCUCCACACUACUGCCCCUGGUACCCCCCCACCCUCAACUAGUCCCAUUGCAGACAUGAUGGACGCACCAGCCCCGGCCGCUGCUCCAGCCCUAUCUGCCCCUAAAGUGCCUGCUUACCCUGCACCCCUGCCUGAACCCCGCCCCACUCCUGCAGCCGAAGAGCAGCCCUCAGCUGCCAAGGAGACCCGGGAGGAGGUGAAGAAGAAGAAAGAGGAGAUCAAAGAGGUGACGGAGGCUAGAGCAGUGACUACAUCAUCUAAACCUGAGCCUUCCCUUGCUCCAGUGACCAACCCUAGCAGCAGCACUAACGGUGUGUCUGCCACCCAGCCACUCCCAGAGGAGGAGCCAGCAGCCCUGUCCAUCACCAUGCCCUCUCCCCAGGCAGCAAAACCCCCGCUGGAGUCUCCCAUCGCCCAGCCAGAGGAGCUCCGGCUGCCCAACGGCCUGCCGCUCCCUAGCCCCCAGGAUCCUGAGAAGGUUUCUGCAGAGUCGUCUGAGUGUGACCUCAGCCCCAUCGCUGAGCCUGAGGUGACCCCAUUACAGAGGGAGGCACCCGCGUCUGUCGCCGCCACGGUCACGCGCGACCCCGUUGUCCUAGCUGAGACUGCUAGUACUACAGAGGUAACCCCUCACCAAAUGGAAGACGAGGUGGACUCUCCACCAUCACAGCGCACCACCCCACCCGGGGCGAAUUCUAUGCAAGCUGCUGUUUCUGUGCCUAAGAAGAAGAGGAAGAUGAAGGAUCUGAACAGGAAGGAGGCUGUUGGAGACCUCCUGGAUGCCUUUAAGGAGGAGCAGGUAGUGCAGAGCCCGCCAGAGCAGGCCACACCCACUUCUGCCUCUGACACCGAGGAGCCCCGCCCAGCCGCCACCCCUGCCGUCGCAGAGGUGGAUGAGACGUGGGAGGAGAAGGAGGACAAACUGGAUGCAGAGAACAUUGAACCCAAGCCCGGGGAUCUGAAGUACCAGUACAAAGAGGAACUAUGUAGGCCUAUAGACCCAGAGGAGAAGAAGAGGUAUGACAGGGACUUCCUGCUGGGCUUCCAGUUCAUCAGUGCUGCCAUGUCCAAGCCUGAGGGCCUGCCUCAGAUCAGUGAUGUGGUGCUGGACAAGGCGAAUAAGGCCCCUCUCCGCCAGUUGGACCCCAGCCGUUUGCCGGGGAUGAACAUGGGCACUGACUUCACGCCCUCAUUUGCCAACCUGGGAAGACCUGGAAUGGGGGGAGGAGGAGGAGGAGGGGGUGGACACAGAGGAGGACCACCCUCUGGUAUGGGUGGUGGAGGACCGCGUCGCUCCCAGCAGGGCCAGCGUAAGGAGCCCAGGAGGAUCAUCAACAUCUCUUCGUCUCUGACCGACGACGUGAAGCUUAACAAGGCUGAGGAUGCCUGGAAGCCCGCUGUCAAGAAGGCUGCCAGUGGGCAAGCUGCUCCUGAGGAGGAGAGCGACGACCCAGAACAGGCCAAGACCCAGGAGCUGUUUAAGAGGGUCCGUAGUAUCCUGAACAAGCUGACCCCUCAGAUGUUCCAACAGCUGAUGAAGCAGGUCAAGGAGCUGACCAUCGAUACGGAGGAGAGGCUGAAGGGAGUGAUAGAUCUGAUCUUUGAGAAAGCCAUUUCUGAACCCAACUUCUCUGUGGCCUACGCCAACAUGUGUCGCUGCCUUAUGGGGCUCAAAGUCCCCACUACAGACAAGCCGGAAGUCACUGUGAAUUUCCGCAAGCUGCUUCUGAACCGCUGUCAGAAGGAGUUUGAGAAGGACAAGGACGAUGAUGUCAUCUUUGAGAAAAAGCAAAAAGAGCUGGACGCUGCAGCCGUGGAGGAGAAGGAUCGCCUGAAGGCGGAGUUGGAGGAGGCCAAAAACAUGGCACGGCGGCGGUCGCUAGGCAACAUAAAGUUCAUCGGUGAGCUGUUCAAGCUCAAGAUGCUGACGGAAGCCAUCAUGCACGACUGCAUCGUCAAGCUGCUGAAGAACCAUGAUGAGGAGUCACUAGAGUGCCUCUGUAGACUCUUGUCAACUAUAGGGAAGGACCUGGACUUUGAAAAGGCGAAGCCUCGUAUGGACCAGUACUUUGUCCAGAUGGACAAGAUCAUCAAGGAGAAGAAGACAUCGUCCAGAAUCCGCUUCAUGCUGCAGGACGUACUGGACCUCAGGAGGAAUACGUGGGUCCCCAGGAGAGGAGAGCAGGGCCCCAAGACCAUAGACCAGAUCCACAAGGAGGCAGAGCUGGAGGAGCACAGGGAGGUUCUCAAGGUGCAGCAGCAACUCCUCAACCAGAACACCCGAGGAGGAGGUGGAGGACGUGGUGGUGGUGGUGGUGGUGGUGGUGGUGGUGGUGGUGGUGGUGGAGGAGGAGGAAGAGAUCAGGGGAACCGCGGGGGUCAACACCCCCAGGCGGGCCAGAGGAGUCAGCCCCAGGACGAAGGCUGGAACACAGUUCCCAUCUCCACCAAGAGCAGACCCAUCGACACCAGCCGACUCAGCAAGAUCACUAAGCCUGGGGCUUUGGACUUCAACAACCAGCUGCUGGCGCCCCAGCUCGGGGGUAAGGGCAUGUGGGGCAGUUGGGGCAAGGGCAGCAGUGGAGGCACCACCGGAGCCAAACCCGCCGGGGAAGCCACCCCAGAGUCAGGAGGCCGCCCAGCCACCAGCACCCUUAACAGGUUCUCAGCCCUGCAGCCACAGCAGCCCUCCUCAGGUCCCUCACAGGACUCGGACAGAAGAGUUCCUCUAAGGUCAGCACCACUGAGCCGGAACAGCUCGAGCCGGGACCGUGGCAGCGACAGAUUCGAGCGUCAUGACCGUGGCAGCAACGAACGCUUCGACAGGCGGGACGACCGGGACAGGAACCGGCACCCGGUCACCAAGCGGAGCUUUAGCAGGGAGACGGAGGAGCACAGCAGAGAGAGGGAGCACCGCGGCCCUUCUGAUCCCAUACGCCGCGUAGCCAGCAUGACCGACGACCGGGGCAGCAGAGACCGAGCUAGGAGCAAAGAGGAUGUGAAGAGGGAAGCUGCUGCAACACCUCCUACCCAGACCAAACCUUCCUUGACGGAAGAAGAGCUGGAGAAGAAGGCCACAGCUAUCAUAGAGGAGUACCUACACAUCAAUGACAUGAAGGAGGCGCUGCAGUGUGUAGUGGAGAUGAACAGCACCCAGCUGCUCUUUGUGUUUGUACGGAGCGGUCUGGAGUCUACUCUGGAGCGCAGCCCCAUCGCCAGAGAACGCACAGGCCUGCUGCUGCACCAGCUGUACAAGGCAGGCACCCUGCCCACAGAGCAGUACUACAGAGGGCUUCAGGAGAUACUGGAGGUGGCGGAGGACAUGGCCAUAGACAUCCCCCACAUCUGGCUCUACCUGGCUGAGCUCAUCACCCCUAUGCUCCACGAAGGAGGCAUCCCCAUGGGACCGCUCUUCAAGGAGAUAUCCAAGCCCCUGGUUCCUCAGGGGACGGCUGGAGUUCUGCUGGUCCAGAUCCUCACCCUACUCUGCAGAGGAAUGAGCCGUAAAAAGGCAGGCACCAUGUGGAGGGAGGCGGGGCUUAGCUGGAAAGACUUUCUGCCUGAGGACGAGGACGUCAACAAGUUUGUGACAGAAAAGAAUGUGGAGUUUACCCUGGGAGGAGAAGGUGAUGAGACAGAGAAGAGCAGUAAGAAGGAGCUGAGCUCAGAGGAGCUGAACAAACAGCUGGACAGACUCAUACAGGACAGGGCUGACAACCAGAGGAUCUACGAUUGGGUCGAGGCUAACCUGGACGAGACACAGAUAUCCUCCAACGUGUUUGUCAGAGCAGUCAUGACAGCCAUCUGCCAGUCGGCCAUCCUGUGUGAGAACCCUUACAAGUUGGAUGCAAAGGUGAUCACCCGGAGGGCCAAGCUGCUCCACAAGUACCUGAAGGAUGAGCAGAAGGAGCUGCAGGCUCUCUACGCCUUGCAGGCCCUCAUGGUGGAGAUGGAGCAGCCUGCCAACCUGCUGCGGAUGUUCUUUGACACGCUGUACGAUGAGGACGUGAUCAAAGAGGAGGCCUUCUACAAGUGGGAGUCCAGCAAGGACCCCGCUGAGAUGCAGGGCAAGGGUGUGGCCCUGAAGUCAGUCACUGCCUUCUUUACCUGGCUCCGUGAGGCCGAGGACGAGGAGUCUGACAACAGCUAGGACCUGCUCACCGGUGCCCCCUGAACUCUGGGAGGACUUGGAGGAAAGACAACAUGCUGUUGAUAAUGAUUCAGGAGCAUGGAGCUGAUAGAAUCAAUAAAAUCCUUCUGCAUUAAAAAAUAAAAUAAAAGCGAGGGAAAGAAUCAGCUGGGAGAUUCUACUACAUAUCGAAACAUGCAAACCUUUUAUUUUCUUUCUUUUGUGCUGCCGAAUGUCUUUGAACUAUAUUGAGAAACUAAUUGCGGGAGAAUGAUAAGCUUCACAACAAGCGGUAGGAAUGGCUGUUUCCUUCAGUGUUUUUUGAGGUUUUAGCCCUUGUUUUAAAGGCGUCACGUUGCCGUAGCAACACUUCAUGAUGUUUAGCAAAACAAAAUCCCCAACAGAUGACGAACUUAUAAAGGCUGCUCAUAUAUAUUUUUGAUUACAUCAUAUAUUGUGUUGAAUGAGGCAUGAUGGCCAUGUCAUAUGAAUGAUUCUAUAUGACUCUGUCAGCGAUUAGCUCUUUCUUUUUGAUUGGAGUGUUUCUUUUAUAUAAAAGAAAAAUAUGUAUAAAGGAAAGUGGACAUGCUGGAGCUCACUGUCUUUGGACAUUUCAGUCGUCAGUCUUUGUGAGACUCCUUUGAACUUCAUGUCUAUGGACUCUGGAAGGCCUGGGAUUGGUGGCGAGGGACUGGGGGGGAUUGGUGGUGGGGGGGCAUUGGACAAGGACCUUUUGCUGCUGGGGGUCACAAUGCUUCCUUAUGGCCAUGCCUGCCGACCCCCCUUGUCCUUUUACUUUUCUCCUAGACUGGGGGGUUUGGAAAGGGAGAACGGCCUUGCAAGGAUAGGGAUUUUUUAAAAGAGAAAAUCAUAAUUUAAAACUUGAAAGGUAUAUAUAGAAUUCAACUUUAAAAAAUAAUUUCAAAAAUAGAUAAUUUUCACAGUAUGUAUCCUAAGGCCUUUUCUGCUUCCGUUUAGUGGAAAUGCAUUUCAGGAGUUUUGGUUUUUAUUUUUCAAAAAAAGAAGUGCUAUUGUCAAGCCAUGUAUUAUUUUUUUCAGAAACAGUGGCAGUUCUGUGUAUUUAUAUUUUUCUCUCAGUUAGCAGAAGGUGCUUGUAAUUAUCCACCUGAAGUCAUUGAUUGCAAUUGAAUUGAAUAUUUUGUAAAUAUGUUUUUGAUUUACUUUAUGAAGUAUUUAAUGAAGAAAAUGAAUGCUUCCUUUUCAUAUCUGAAAGUGGAAAAGAUAAUAAAGAACAUUGCAAAUAAGAA